GUGGCUUGACCCGACGUAGAGACGUAGUGACGUAGUGACGUAGUGACGGCGGGCAACGAGGCGCUGAGGGGAAGGAGCCGCCAUGGCGAGCCAGUCGCAGGGCAUCCAGCAGCUGCUGCAGGCCGAGAAACGAGCCGCCGAGAAGGUGGCCGAGGCCCGCAAGAGGAAGAAUCGGAGGCUGAAGCAGGCCAAAGAAGAAGCCCAGGCAGAGAUUGAGCAGUACCGCCUGCAGAGGGAGAAGGAGUUCAAAGCCAAGGAAGCAGCGGCGCUUGGAUCUCAUGGCAGCUGCACCACUGAAGUCGAGAAAGAGACCCAGGAGAAGAUGAGUGUGAUCCAGCAGAACUUCCAGAAGAACCGGGAGGUGGUCCUCUCCCAGCUGCUGUCACUAGUGUGUGACAUCAAACCCGAAAUCCAUGUGAAUUACCGCAUCAACGGGUAGUAGGGGAAGAAGGAAUGAGCAUACUGGGAAUGCUGGUAGUAACGUCCGAGCUUCAGGUGGAAUGUACAGCUCUUAGCCAUACCUUAAUUAACUGUUCUUCUUGUAAAUGUGGUAAAUUAUUUCAGUGAGUUGUAAGUCAUUGGUAUCUUGUUGGAGUUCUCUUAGUUUCUCUCUUGACACACGGAUUCAGAGCUUAUUCAAACGUUAAAUGCCCAUGUCUCAAAUCUGUGCUAAGUUAUUAAAUAUAUAUUCCAGUUGGCACAGUCAUGCUCCCUGUUUAUCUGGAUAGUAUUCAGUGAGGGGCUUUCCUGGAGGAAGCAGAGAGAGAGGUGCUGGCCAGGUUGAAGUGGAAAGCCUGUGUCAGUCAUUGUUAGACCUGUGUAACUGUAUUCUUGUUGACCAAAAUGCAUUUUUCAGUGUGGUGUUAACCUUCGUACAGGGGGCUAAACCUUGUAAGAAGAAUUCUCUGGCUGUACAGUGCUGGCUGAUGAUUUUUCAGGUGCUUGAGUUUCUCUGUACUGAAUCUAUCCUCUGUAUAUUCUGCUCUUAGCUUGAGUUACAAGUCUGGCACUAUGACACUUGAAAAGUAAAAACACUUAUUUAACUUCGAA